AUGUCAGGCACACGGACCAAUGCACAAAAUACACCAGGCAUCAGAACCGACCAAAAUGAGGUUGGCGCUGAACUCAUCGUUUCCCAGGCCCUGGUUCCUUCUGAAGAUCCGGUGAGCAGGAACCAGGUUUUGGAGGAAGAGGCAGCCUGGGGCACUUGCCUUGGCAAGACCACCCAGAGGAUGGUUGGAGAGGCGCUGGACAUGGGCACCCAGCAGGCAGGACCUGCUCAGGACCUCCAGAUCCACGGAGCAGAGAACUCACAGCACCACCAGCGCUCACUUGGAUCUGCCUGGGAGAAUCCACCACCAUCCACCACCAUGGUGAACUUCACAGUAGACCAGAUCCGGUCCAUCACGGACAAGAAGGCCAACAUCAGGAACAUGUCCGUCAUCGCCCACGUGGACCAGGGCAACUUCACUCUGAUGGACUUCCUGGUGUGCAAGGCAGGUAUCAUCACCUCUGCCCAGGCUGGGGAGACCUGCUUCACUGACACCCGGAAGGAUGAGCAGGAGUGUUGCAUCAGAAUCAAGUCAACGGCCGUCUCCCUUUUCUACAAGCCUUCAGAGAACAACAACUUGAAUUUCAUCAAGCAGAGCAAGGAUGGCUCUGGCUUCCUCAUCAACCUCAUCGACUCCCCUGGGCACGUGGAUUUCUCCUCAGAGGUGACAACUGCGCUCCAUGUCACCAACGGCGCCUUGGUGGUGGUGGACUGCAUGUCGGGGGUCAGCAUCAUCUUCACCUAUGGCGAGGGCGAGAGCGGCACCAUGGGCAAUAUCAUAAUCAACCCUGUCCUCGGUAUUGCUGGCUUCAGGUCUGGUCUCCACAGUUGGGCCUUUACCCUGAAGCCAUUUCCAGAGUUGUAUGUGGCCAAGUUUGUUGCCAAGGGCAAAGGCCAGCUGGGGCCUGCUGAGCAGGCCAAGAAGGUAGAGGACAUAAUGAAAAAGCUAUGGGGAGACCAGUACUUUGAUCCACCUACCAGCAAGUUCAGCAAGUUAGUCAACAACCCCAAUGACAAGAAGCUGCUGUGGACAUUCUGCCAGCUCAUCCUGGACCCCAUCUUCAAGGUGUUUGAUCCAAUCAUGAACUUCAAGAAAGAGGAGACGGCAAAACUAAUUGAAAAACUGGACAUCAAGUUGGACGGUGAAGAUAAGGAUAAGGAGGGCAAAUAA